AUGAGUGGCAUCAACCUUACUGGAGUUUCAGAUCACUGGCUUCAUGCGAUUAACACUAUACCUUCUUUGCAAGAACUGCACUUUGUUUCAUGUGGCUUAACUCAAUUUCCUAGCGAGCCGACUAGAGAUCUUACUCGUUGUUUUAUCCGUGGUGUAAAUCUCGGAAGUCAAGGUGGUUUUGAGAACAUGCCUUCUUUAACGACUCUUCUUGUUUCAACCAACACUUUUGUAAAUACUUCUUCCUUAUUGAACGGGGUGUCUAGCUUAAGGAACCUCCAUUUUCUUGAUGUCACUGGCUGCCAUAUUUCUGAUCCAAUUCUUGGCACACUUCAGAACAUGUCUCAUAUUGUUCAUCUUGACCUAUCAUACAACUAUAUAGUUGAGGAGAUACCUAAAUCUUUUAGUAGUCUUUGUAACAUGACUACCCUUGAUCUUCAGUCUAACCAUUUUUCCGGAGACGUGUCUGAGCUUCUUGAAAGAUUUUGUGAAUGUGAGUCGCCUAAACUGGAAUUGAUAGCCUUAAGUCACAAUUAUCUCACUGGUCGACUCCCAAAAAAACUAGCAAGAUUGAAGAAUCUGGCCAGCAUUGAUAUUGGAUACAAUAUGUUAACAGGGAUUCUUCCACGUUCGCUAGGUAAUCUAUCGAUGUUGAAAAUUUUGGAUCUUCGGUACAACAGAUUGAAUGGAAGUCUUCCUGAAAGUAUUGGAAAACUGGGGAAACUAAGUAAUCUAAUACUUGAUCACAAUUCAUUAACAGGUAUUGUGACGGAAAACCAUUUCGCCAAUCUAACAACCUUGAAGUCUUUGUUGGUUGGAGGCAAUAAGUUAGCGUUUAACCUAGUCAAUAACUGGAUUCCACCUUUCCAACUCUAUGAGUUGCUAAUAGGUUCUUGCAAUUUAGGCCCACUUUUUCCUUCAUGGAUUCAAUCGCAAACAAACUUGAUAGGGUUGGAUUUAGCAAACACAAACAUAUCAGACACCAUUCCGAAUUGGAUCUGGAGUAUUUUCCCUUCUAUAUACUUCAACAUAUCCCAUAAUAACAUUACAGGAUUAUUGGGAGAUGUUACUACUUUUCUUGGCCCAGGACCAGUAUUAGAUCUAAGUUCUAACAAUUUCCAUGGUGAGCUACCUCGUAAUUUCAGUAAACUUGAUUUGUAUUACUUAGAUCUUUCAUCCAAUAAUCUUUCUGGGUCUCUAGAUCAGUUCUUGCGUUCUGGAAUUCAAGAAUCGCAACAGAUAAGUGUUCUUAAUCUUGCUAACAACAACAUAUCAGGAGGUCUCCCUGAUUGUUGGAUGAAUUGGGAAUCUUUAGUAAUCUUGAGCCUAGAGAACAACAAAUUAUCGGGUAGAAUCCCGUCAUCUUUGGGAAAGGUAUCUUCUUUAGAGUCAAUUUACAUAAGAAAUAACAAGUUGUCGGGUGAAAUACCGCUGUCCCUUCUGAAUUGCAAAAGCUUGUUGGUUAUUAAGCUAGCUGGAAAUGAACUCACGGGGAGAAUACCAGCAUCAAUAGGAAGAAAUGAUUCAAGUUUGAAAAUUCUGAGUCUUCACUCCAACAAGUUAGAGGGUAAAAUCCCGGAUGAAUUAUGUGGUCUCAAUUCAAUACAAAUCUUGAUCUUGCUGACAACAAUCUUUCUGGGUCCCUACUGA